AUGGCAAAGAGUGCAUUCAGAGAUAUUCAACGAAACGAAAUUAUAUAUGAUUCGCUGGACUCGCUACCAUGUCAUGAUUUAACUGUCGUCAUGUCCGUAUCGCAGUUGAGCAAAAUGUCAUUUGCAGAUAAUGAGACAACAGCGCUCUAUAUUCCAUAUACUUCUGGAGAUCUGGUUACCAUCGUACAAGGACAAUGUGGAUUAUCUACAUCUUCACAAUCUCUAGAUUCACAAACAUGGGAUCUCCCACAACAAACAAACAACUUGAUACUCUUAAACUCAAACACUGCAAUCUCGGAAUCAGACAUGACCAAUCUACUAGCCCGUCUCGACAGUAUCAGCAAAGAUUACGUGUUAUACAUGACGGGUCCUACUAGACCUGUAUUCCGACAAGCAACUACUCCUUGGAGCAAGUUGCCAGUUGCUCAGAAAUAUGUCUUCUUCACUACUGGCACAUUCCAUGGAAUUGCAGUGCUCAUCGUGUUGGUUGGAUUCUUGUUGAUUGCGUAUAGUAUAUUGUCGAGUAUUGAGAGUCCUACCAAGUUCCCAACACCUGAGAGCAAGCGUUCAUCAUAA